AUGCGGUUUCACCUUGCAAUAUUCCCUCUGGCUGCUAGUGCGGUCAACAUCGUCUCAUCCAACGAUGAUGGAUGGGCAGAAGUGAACAUCCGCUCUUUCUUCGAGUCACUAGGAGCGGCAGGACAUUCGGUUGUUGUAUCUGCACCGGCCGAAAACCAAAGUGGCAAGGGGUCAAAGCAAAGUCCGCCGACUGUCCUGACUGAGCCUUGCCAAUUCAAUAGCUGCCCAUCUGGUAGUCCGGCUGUGGGAUUUAAUUCCUCAGAGCCCCGACUGGGAUAUGUCAAUAGCUACCCGGUGACAUCGAUGCAAUAUGGAAUCGAUUCGCGCGCCCCGCAGUUCUUCAACGGCCCUCCGGACUUGGCGGUCGCAGGUCCAAAUGUUGGCAGUAACAUUGGCCUUACAGCUUACAUUUCUGGCACAGUAGGCGCCGCCACCUACGCUGCGCACGCUGGGAUCCCCGCUAUUGCGUUCUCAGGUGCAACUGGCUCCGAGACUUCAUGGGAUACCACCCCGCGACCUCACUACAGUGAUGUCUAUGCCGAUUUGGCAACUAACUUGACAAACCAGGUGGUUGCUGCUGGCAAACCGUACCUGCCGAACGAUGUCUGGUUGAAUGUCAAUUUCGGGAAGGUCUCUGACUCAAAAUGCACCAAUCCGGCUGAUUUCUCUUUCGUCCUCUCCCGCAUCCAUAUUGCACUUCCACUUAUUACCCCGGAUGAUGUGACCACGUGCGGAAGCUCAAGAUUGCCAAGCGAACUUGAAGUAUCGCUAGCGUCUGGAUGCUAUGCAAGUGUCUCGGUCGGGAUGGCAGCUUCAAAGAGCGACGCCAAUGCUACAAUGCAGGAAAUUGUUUUGAAGAACCUGGGCAAUUUGUUGACUUGUCUACCGUGA